UCCGCCGGAUGUGGCAGAUGAAACCGCUCUUUUCUCCUAUUAUAUACCUCCAUAUUUCUCUAUUCUCCUCUCUCUUCUUCUCCAUAUUUCUCCAAAUCUCUCCUAAAUUUGUCCUUAACCAAAUAUUUCUACUAGUACCUACUUCAAAUCUUCUACUACUAUUACUUUAAUUUCACCUUUAUUUUGCAUGCUUUUCACUUCUUUUGAAUCUUUUCCCAACCCCUUUUGUUCUUCUUAGUCAAAGAAGCUGCAAAAUGUGUCUACACACAUACACAAGUUCUAAGUAAUUGAUAUUUGUGAGCUUUUUGAUCUGUUUUUUUGUUGCUUAUUUUCUGGAGAGAAGUUAAAGAGAUUCUAUAAAUAUGGCUCCAGAAAAUAAUAACUGGUUAUCUUUUUCUUUGUCUUCAAUGGAAAUGUUGAACUCUUCUUCUGCUCAGUCUUCUAUGCUUCAAUCUAAUGGCUCUUCUUCUGCUGACUCUCAUCAAUACUAUUUUGCUGACAACUUCUUUCCCCAUGGGUGGACGAACCAAAAAGCUCAAGUAAUGUAUACAGAAGGUGAAAAACAACAAAUAUAUCAUCAUCAAGGUGGAUUAUUUGUGGAUACACCACAAAUAAUACACCAACAACAACACCACCACCAACCACCUCCAAAGCUCGAAGAUUUUUUUGGUGGCGAAACUGAGACUCAAGACUCGUCUUCAUUGACUCACAUCUACGACCACCACGGUGGUGGUGGCUACUACCAUGAUGGCCGGCAAGAUUUGAAUAUUAAUGGCAGGGCUGUUGGUUUUCAAACGUUUUCGACUAACUCGGGUUCGGAAGUUGAUGACUCACAGGUUAUGGGCGCUGAGUUUGCUACGGAGUCGAGUAACGAGUUGGGUUAUUCACAGUGUGUUCCUACUGCUGGUGCUUUGUCUUUGGCUGUUAAUACUACGAAUAAUUCAACUGAGGAAAAAGCUAUAGUUACUGCGGUUGAUUCUGAGAGUUGUAAGAAAAUUUCUGAUACUUUUGGUCAAAGGACUUCCAUUUACAGAGGUGUAACGAGGCAUAGAUGGACAGGAAGAUACGAAGCGCAUCUUUGGGAUAACAGCUGUAAAAGAGAGGGCCAAGCCAGAAAAGGACGUCAAGUGUACUUAGGUGGAUAUGACAAGGAGGACAAGGCAGCAAGAUCUUAUGACUUAGCAGCUUUAAAGUAUUGGGGUGCAACAGCCACAACCAAUUUCCCUGCUUCCAAUUAUACCAAAGAAAUAGAGGAAAUGAAGCACAUGACGAAGCAAGAAUUCAUUGCCUCCCUAAGAAGGAAAAGUAGUGGUUUCUCGAGAGGUGCUUCUAUGUAUCGGGGCGUGACAAGGCAUCAUCAACAAGGUCGUUGGCAAGCAAGAAUAGGCCGUGUUGCAGGGAACAAGGAUCUGUACUUAGGAACAUUUGCUACUGAGGAGGAGGCAGCAGAAGCAUAUGACAUAGCAGCAAUAAAAUUCAGGGGAGUGAAUGCAGUGACCAAUUUCGAAAUGAACCGAUAUGAUGUCGAGGCCAUCAUGAAAAGUUCACUCCCCAUAGGCGGAGCAGCAAAACGCUUGAAAAUCUCCCUUGAAUCGGAGCAGAAACAGUUGUUGAACGAUAACUACCAGCAGACUCCACACAACAGUGUCAACGGUAGCAGCAAUAGCAUCAAUUUUGGGGUGAUUUCCCCUGUUUCCGCUAUCCCCUAUGGUCUUCCAUUCGAUACGAGCCAACAACCCUUUUACCAUCACAGCUUCUUUCCACACCUCCAGUACUCAAGCAACAACGGCGUUGGUGCUUCUGAUCAUACUGCUGGUGCAAUGCCCUUGAUGCCAUCACCGGGCGAGAUUUUCAUCUGGCCUAAUCAGUCCUAUUGAUCUUGCAAUAGGACGUUGCAAAUUCGUUUAGGCUAAUUAAAAUUAACCUCUUUGCGUUUAGCUGACCCUAUUUCUGACUUGCAAAAGUGUUAAAAUUGGCUAUUUAUUAAUUAACCAUAUGUAGGAGGUGAAAAUAUUGUAAAGUAUCUUUUGUUCAACAGUUGCAGUAGUAGAUGCAUGUUGAUUAGGUACUACUUAGGCUGGGGGUUAUUAGUGCAACUCUUGUGGGAAAAUUUUGGUUUUCUUGCUUCCUCAUAUUAUAGAAUUGCUCUUAGUACAA